GAUGAAGAUGGGCGUUUGUGUAAUGCCUCUUCUAAUAGGGAAAUUCAUUCGUAUGUGGGCACAAGACUACGCAAGCCCCGCGCCGACAGUUUGAGAUUGGCUAACGCGACAUCCGCACGCCCGUAGCGUACAAAACUCGUCUGUACGAAUAUUUACGGUGAAAUAUUUUGUGCCAGUUUGUCGCUCUGUUUGUCACGUCAUUGAUGUAAAUAAACAAAAGAGGACCAACCCGUACACGACUGACUCACCGCUAAAUAUCCUCAAGUGUAAAUAACCCAAGUGAAGUAUUUUUGUGCACUUUUUGUGUAGUUUUUGAGUGAGACUGUGUGUUAACUAAACGUAUGUCACAUGGAGUUUUACCAUACUUUGAUGACGUUUUUCAAGAGGAUGAGGGGUGAGCAGACGUGGUAGGAGGAGAUCGUCAUGAAUUCUGACGUACACCGUCAUCAGGCGCAUCCGCCACUAGCUCAGCACGGAGUGCACGCGGGCGCACAAGGCGUCGGUCCUUGCGGCUGGUACUCUGCUUCGGCUGCGCCCGCGCCCACCGCGCCCGCCCGGCACAAACGUGCUCAACCACCUCAUCAGUUGCCGUGCGGCGGCAACGGGAGCGGCAGUAAUGGGCCACACGCGCCGCUAUCGCCUACCGCACUGCAGAAUUCCAUUGCACACAAUCUUGUAAUGUCAUCGUCGGUGCGCACACCGGCGGCGGCGGGCGCGGCGCCCUCCGCCAUGCACACCUCGCAAACUACCCCCGCAGUGACCAAAGGCCCUAGUGACGUCAUAAUGAAUUCGUCCUCGGUCCAGAACCCGCCGCCCGCCGGCAACAGGCUGAUGAACAUGACGCAGUGGCCAUGGCAUCACGGUGCGAUAUCCCGGGACCGCGCAGAAGCGUUGCUAUCCGCGUCCCCGGACGGCGUGUUCCUGGUGCGAGAGAGCACCAACUUCCCGGGCGACCACACGCUCUGCGUGCGGUACCACGGACGCGUCGAACAUUACAGAGUGAAAUGGACGACGGCGCCCGAUAACCAAAACCAACGUCUCACAAUAGACGAUGAAGAGUUCUUCGACAACAUGACAGAAUUAAUACAACAUUAUAUAAAAGAUGCGGACGGAUUGUGCACAAAACUGGUGCGAUGUCUGCCCAAAGCUACGCAGAACGGCGCAAACAACAACGGCGUGUUGCAGCCGCCGUAUCCGCCACAUCCGCAGCAACCGCCGCCAUACCCGCCUACGCCGAGCGUGACGAGUGCGUUAAGUUCGGGACACUUCCAACAAACGUACUCGUCGCAGAUGUCCGCCGACCAGACGGACGGCACAAUACAGCCGCAGGACUUUCUCGAUGCACUUUGGAAAAUUGACGAACGUGAUCUGGAAAUCCGCGAGAAUAUUGGCAAAGGCGAAUUCGGCGACGUGAUGCUCGGGAUAUUAAACGGUUCACAGAAGGUCGCCGUCAAGAUAUUGAAAGAUCGCGAGGCUGCGAGCAAGUUCCGGGCGGAGGCUAGCGUUAUGGCGUCGCUGAAGCACGACAACCUGGUGCGGCUGCUGGGGCUGGUGUUCACGUCGACGGGCAGCACGUGCAUCGUGACGGAGCACUGCGCGCAGGGCUCGCUGCUGGACUACCUGCGCAGCCGCGGCCGCCACUACGUCACGCAGCUCAACCAGAUCAACUUCGCGUACGACGCCUGCUGCGGCAUGGAGUACCUCGAGCGGCAGCGCGUCGUGCACCGCGACCUCGCCGCCAGGAACGUGCUCAUCUCGCAGGAGGGCACCGCCAAGGUCGCCGACUUCGGGCUCGCGCGCAACGACCACGCGCCCGACGACCCCGCCGACCAGGCCCGUCUGCAGGCCAAGCUGCCCAUCAAGUGGACCGCACCCGAGGCGCUCAAGUAUAACAAAUUUUCUAACAAAUCCGACAUGUGGAGUUUCGGCAUCUUACUUUGGGAGAUAUAUUCCUUUGGACGAGUUCCUUAUCCUAGGAUCCCGCUGGCGGAGGUGGUGCGUCACGUGGAGCGCGGGUACCGCAUGGAGGCGCCGGAGGGGUGUCCGGCGGGGCCGUACGAGGUGAUGCGCGCCGCGUGGCACGCCGAGCCGGCGCAGCGCCCCACCUUCCACGCCACGCGCCUGCGCCUCGCCGCCAUGCGCGACCAGGCGCACCACGCGCUGCAGCACGCGCCGCACCCGCCGCACCCCGCGCACCCCACGCACCCCAACACUACACACCAUCAGUGAACGGGGGCUCACUUGAACAAUGGACUAAAUAUAUGAACACUGUAAUGAGGCGAGUUGAAGACGUUCCGCGGAGCGAACCGCUUUGCGGACGGUAUUUUAUUAAUUAAAAAUAUAAGUACUAAAUUAUUUUAAUAAUUAUAUUUGAAGAAACUUCCUCGCUUAAGAAGUAAAUCUAAUAUAAAUUAGGUGGUGAGGAAAAUUAGUGUGUUAUUAAAUAUAUCAAGGAAUGUGUCAGAUGUUAGUCCUGACAGCACGACAGAAUUUUUAGUGAUGGUCUCUCUGUCCCGCAUAAUCCGACAACUUCACAGAAUCACAUAACAAUUUUAACCACAAUCUAAUAUAACGACACUGUAUAUUUUGUAUCUAUUUUUCACACUCCGUGAGACUAUCACACUAAAGGUUCUGUUCAAGUAAAUAUCGAAGGCCUAAUUAUCCUAACUGUCGAAAAGAUUCCACCCAAUAGUGGCCGUGAUGGUCGUGUCGCAUGUCGGUACUAUGGUACUGUCUAGUCAAUAUAUUGUUUAUAAUAUUGUUUGUAUCAUAUUAGUAUUUGCACGUUAAUUAAAUCGUAAGGUGACUGAUUACAUGCAAAACGUUAAACAAAAUGCACUGUUCUUUGCCACUUAUUUACAAAACAGGUUUAAAUGUAAAGUUAGGAAAACUUCAAGAUGCAACUCGGUUAUUUUGUAUACAUUACAUUAUAUGGUUAUUUAUAGAAUAAUAGGAAGGUGUGUUCCGCCUCAGCGGACUACGCAUCUAGAGUAUUUUCGUGUUGUGUCAAAAUUAUUUAACCCAAUAAAAUUUCACUAGAUAAAAAAUGUAUUUCCCAUCCCUUAAAUUUCUAUCGCAGUCAAAUGUUUUAAUUAGAUUUUAAUGAUUACAAUGAUCAUGAUAUACUAUAUACAUUAACGUUUUCACAAAUCUGUAAUAUUAAUUUGAUCAAGUGAAGUUUUAUAGGGUAAUGAGCUAAGUGAAAAAUUCAUUCCUAAUAAUGUUUAACGUCGAAGUCUGAUGUUACAAACGUAUUUAUCGUACUGUGCAUUUGUGUCUAAUCUAUGUGGGGGUUUUUGUGUCGUGCGGUUUUAGUCACGCUAUAAUUCAUCUGGAUGCCGAAAGCCAUCAAACCAGACCGAAUUUGCACAAUGGACGUAAUCCACACGACGCAGAAAAUGUCCCGAGUAGUUUAAUUGUAAUUGAGUUCUGCACUUUGUGUUAUAGAGUAAAACUACGAUUAGACGUAAUGAUGAAUUCGUUAAAGCCAAGGUUGUGUGCUAUUGUAAAAUUUAGGAAAUGUAUGUAUGGAUUCAAAUUGACGUUUAGGAUACAAACUUUAGGGAUUGUUUCACAUUUAUUUAUGUAUACAAUAUUUAAAUUGUCGAAUUGGCAUCGCUGGACGCUGUUACGCCGUUUUAUGUCUAUUCACUACGUGUCGAGAUCUAAAUUGACUUAUUAACUGAACUAUUUAAAACCUAAUUUAACAAUUACAUUGGCUGAUUGUGAUUUUUUUUAGUUGGACGUGCAACCAGAUACAAUAUUCAUACUCAUAUUUUAUCGAGUUUGCAGAUAAUCAAUUGUCUUCAUGUAUUGAUUGCAAGUGGGUUGAGUCACUACUCACUCGCAUAACAUUGUUAAUAAGUCUCUCAAGGGGAACAACAUCGCGCAAACCCUCCUCCUCUCACACCCUCUACUCGCCGGAGCAUGAUUAUGAAUCUUUUUACUGUACUACUUAAAAUAAAACAAACCCAAGGCAAAAAUAAUAUGUUGGUCGCACUAAAUACAUGAACACAUGAAACCUUAUUAGCAAUGAGCUUUUAAAUGCUUUUAAGUAUUGUAUUAGAAUAAAUAUUAUGUAUGUCCAGCAUGACAAUUAUUAUUAUAAUAUAGGUAAUUGAAUCUCACAUGGAAUGUGUGUUAAGUCCAAUCUAAGAGUUAUUGUAAAUUUGAUGUGGUCAUAAAUGCUAAAAAUACUUUCCAACUAUAUGUGUACACAUUAUUUAUAUGCAUAUAUUUUAAUGAAGGGUUUAGAUGUUUACACUCGUGCGUUUCUAAAUAUGACUUGAUUCAGAGACUAUAUUCAAUUAAAAUCCGUUCUUAUAAUAUCCGAUCUUAUGCAAUACUAGCUUUAAGUGUUAAAUUGUUUUUACAAUUUAUUUAUAAGGAUUAUGAUUGUGUGUUUAAAAUUCUUAACAAUUGUACAUCGAUCCGAUUCUAUCACGAAUCAUUGUGUCGAGCCAAAGUAUAGUUUGAAAUACAAUUAAACUUUCUUUUGGUGUUUCUGAAACUUAUCUUAAAAUAAUUACGAUACUUAAGUCAAGGAGGCAAUAAAUUCAUAUUACGACUGUUUUAUAGACAUUAAAUAUUUGUUCGAAAUACCUAAGUAUUGCAGUUGUAUCUUAUUUAUUUAGUAUUCAGGGAAAAGUUAAAUCUCAUAUUGUUUUGUUUAUAACUGUACUAUUAUUUUCAUUGUUGUAAAUACAUAGGUACUUGUAAUGUUAAGGGAUAAAAUGUAUAAUAACAAAAUAUAAAUAUCAAGAAGGA